AUGUCAUCACCAAAAGAUCAUAUUUUAAAAAUUACUCCACCAAUCAAUUUGAAUGACGAAGAUGCGAUAAAAUCAUUAAAUAUAAUAAAACUUACAGUAAUGCUGAAACAUUCACCUAUCUUAUUCAAGUUGAAAAAAGUACUUAUAGCAGUUAACUUAAUAGGUUUGGUAACACUUUUGGUUCUGUACAAAGUUUUGUUCUACAGAAUCGGUCAAUUGAUUAUUAAUCUUGCGAUUAUUUUGGUGGUAUUAAUUGUAUUAUUGGUAUCAAUCCAGGAACCAAGUGAUUCAUUAACUAUCAUGAGAGGAGUAGGAGCUCAAUUGGAUUCUAAAAAAUUAUUGCCUAUUCGAAAUCUGAAUACAUUUAUAUCAAUAAACAACAUGAUUGAUGUGGUGAUUCAUGAAGGAUUUCAUAAUUAUGGACAAGUGAUAUUUUACCUAUGUUUUCUAACUAAAUCAAGUAUUAGUUCACCAAACGGAAAUUCAUCAAAUUAUGACAAUGAUAAUUUUAAUAAUAAUGAAAUUAUAAAAGUUGUAUUCAACGAAUUUUUACCUAGGAAAGAUAUUUUGUUAAUAGUUAGAAAACUAAGUCGUCAAAUUUUGUUUAAUGAAACUAAAAGGUAUUGUGAAACGGAUUAUUCUAUAGAUUCAUAG